ACAUACGAAUAGGAAAGUGAAAAGCCAACAAAACCAAAAUGGCGGGCUAGGAUCAACUUUUCAUUCAAAAAGGGAUAAUUCUCUCUCAUACACGGCAGACGGUGCCUGCACAUACGCAUUCGCAACUCGACGGAGAUCUCAUUACGGACGAAGAUGGAGUCGCUAAGAUUAGUAUGCGAUACAGAGAUACCGAUCCAGCAGGAGAAGAUGGAGUCCUUUGCGUCUUCGUUUCAAAAAUCUCUGCAAUCGAUUAAGGCCAGAGGACAGGAAACUGUCCGCAAUCAAGGGAAUUUAAUGCAGUUGAAAGCUAGCCUGAGAGACGCAGAGGAUGAAUUUGUGAAAGUUCUAGGAGUUAAGACCCGUAAAGAGGCCAAGCAGAUGGUGACGAGGGACUCCAUAUUAGCCACGAAAGCUAGAAUAGAAGAACUCAGAAGAACUGUGCAAAUUGAGAGGGCUAGGAGGGAUGAAUAUGCAGCACUCUUGUCACAACAAUCUUUAGAUUUGGCUGUAUUUGAAGAGAAGGUAAAGCGAGACAGUGCACAUAAAGAUGAAAUUCAAGAGGCCUUUUCAUGGUACAAUAGGGUUCUUGGAUUUCAAAUUGAAGGAGGACAUGGGGUGAAGUUCACUUUCAGCAACAUUAGUUUGAAAAAUCCGUAUGAAGAGUGCUCUUUCACCAUUCGUCAUCAAAAUGAUACUUACACGUUGUUGACUUGUGAUCCACACAUUGAUGACACCAAAGAGUUGAUCCAAGAGUUGAACAGAACUAAUGGCUUGUUCAGAUUUGUCAGAAUAAUGAGGGACAAGUUUCAGGAAGCUGCAAUGCUUGGAAUCGUGGACCGCUCUGUAGUUUCUCAAGACACUUCCACGAUAUCAGUGUCUGCUCCCGUUUCAUCAGUUUCAACUCAAAGAAGUGAAUCACCAGCUAAGAAGGAUGAGCUUCAAAUUCAACAGAGAGAUAUCAGUAGGCUUCUCAAGGAAGUUAACCAUGGAAUGGAAUCCCCGCUUAAGAAAAAUGAUACAGCUGCUGAAGAACAUUCCAAGAAAGUUAACCGGGGAAAAAGGGUUAAAACAUCGAUUUUGUCUCCAAUGUCUGCAUCAUCUACUCGGCGGUCUCCUCGUUUUAUGGUUAAGAAAUGAGAAAAUGAGGGUUGUUUGGUGACCUCCUGUUUGAUGUUAUGCAUCACAGGCCUUAACUUGCUUAGCUUGUCAUUACUUGUGACAUUGUGGCACAAAUCCUCUUUCCAAUAUGAGAGCCUCGGAUUGAAUUGAAUGAGCUCCAAGGCCAAGGUAUUUUCUUUGAUCAGCCAAGAAUGCCUCAACCUCUAGGCUAAUAUUAUUACUGUCUUGUGUAUUGAAGUAGGAGUAGAUGAAAUGUAAAGGCAACAGCUAUAAUUUUGCUUUCUUGAUUCUAGAAUGUCCAUUUUGUGUGAAUUACUUAAUUUUGUCUGCACACUUCAUAGUUUUAUCUUAUAUAUCAGUUAUGUUACUCAGUUA